UUCCUGUCUUCCCAGACAAGUUAAGCACACCCUUUGUCUUGACCAAGACCCAAUCCACUAAGGUUGGGUUUGGGAUUGUUCUUAGAAUGACUACCUGUUCUGGUACUCAGGUGCCAGGAUGCUAGAGAUUAUCACCCAAGCAGUGGGACACACUGAGUAGGGGGUCUCACCCUUCAGGGAUUAUGGCUGCCCCUACCCAUUUCCAAAGUUCCUCCCCUGCUAGCCAUUUUCCUUCUGAGUAGAACAAUGUUGGAAUGGUGUAAAUCUGUCAUUGCAGUGAUUUUAUAUGAAUUUCUAAAGUUUUCCAUUGACCUAAUACAUAGAUACAUUUAUCAGUGAAUUGCUACAUUUGGUGGCAGAGUCUCUUUGUCUUUGGCUCCUAGUAUGGAGAGGCAAGGCUUGUGGUGGUGGUGGGAAAGAUCUCUCACCCCCCUUCCAAUUUCCUGGUACCAUAAGAGUUUGGAUUUGAAUGCAUAUUUUCUCCCACUAAGUUCACUACACCAGCCACCCACAAGACAUGAAAGAGAAUUAAUUUUACUACCACUAUGGAUGAUGAUGAUAAUGAUGAUAAAAAUAAUUUCAUUUCCUCAGUUCUCAAAUAUGAAUAUGAGAAGGGGGCACCCCAUAUAAUGUCCAAGUAAUCCCUCUGGCUUAGAAUAAAACUAAGGUGGUAUUUCUGGAACCUGAUGUGUUUCUCAUAACUUGUACCAGUCUGUGACUCUUGAUGAGACCCAUAUUCCUAGAACAUCCUAUCCCUUUGUGAGGUGGCACAGAAUGUGGUGACAUCAAAGGUGAUAUAGCUCUGGUGUGGCAAAGAUAUGCAUCAUCCUGCGGGUAUACAAAUGACUCCUGCUGCUGACUGGACACAGUAAUGCAAAGGCCCAGUAAGUAAAAGGUUCUUUAGAUGACAGGGACCAACCAGAGGAAGCACCAGGCCUGCCCACUAGCUUGUCAUGUGAUGACUCCUUGUGACUCUCUUGUCCCGGGCUGAAGCUGUAACCAAAGAGAUGGAGCUGCUGCUGUGUGUUUUGAUGGUGGUGUUGGGAGGCCUGCAACUCCAGGCCUCCUUAACAGACCGUUCCUUCCGCAUUGAUUAUGUGAAUAACUGCUUCCUCAAAGAUGGUGCUAGAUUUCGCUAUAUCUCAGGCAGCAUCCAUUACUUCCGUGUCCCACCUGCCUAUUGGAAAGAUCGGCUCCUCAAGAUGUACAUGAGUGGCCUCAAUGCUGUGCAAAUCUAUGUGCCCUGGAACUACCAUGAGCCACAGCCUGGUGUCUACAACUUUUCUGGUGACAGAGACUUGGAAAAAUUUCUGAACUUGGUAGCCGAGUUAGACCUUUUGGUGAUCUUGCGACCUGGACCCUACAUCUGUGCUGAAUGGGAGAUGGGUGGCCUUCCAUCCUGGCUGUUGACAAAGCCAGAUAUUGCCCUGCGCACAACUGACUCAGAUUACCUGCAAGCUGUGGACAGAUGGUUGGGAGUCCUGCUGCCCAAGAUCAAGCCUCAUCUCUACCACAAUGGAGGCAACAUCAUCACUGUCCAGGUGGAGAAUGAAUAUGGGAGCUACUAUGCCUGCGACUAUAACUACAUGCGCCACCUACUGGGUGUCUUUCGUGCCUCCCUGGGUGAGGAAGUUGUGCUCUUCACCACAGAUGGCACCUCAGCAUCUGAACUCAAGUGCGGGACACUGCAGGGCUUAUAUGCCACGGUUGACUUUGGACCAGAAGAAAACGUGACGGAGGCAUUUAUGCUGCAGCGACUGUAUGAGCCAAAGGGACCACUGGUGAAUUCUGAGUUCUACACUGGCUGGCUGGAUUACUGGGGUGAGGCACACUCCACAAAAAGUGCUAAGAAAGUGGCUAACAGCCUACAGAAGAUUCUAGAAAUGGGAGCCAACGUCAACAUGUAUAUGUUCCAAGGUGGCACAAACUUUGGUUACUGGAGUGGUGCUGAUUACAAGGAUGGUUACAAACCCAUAACUACUAGCUAUGACUAUGACGCACCACUCUCAGAGGCUGGAGACCCUACUGACAAGCUGUAUAUCAUCCGCUCAGUCAUUAGCAAGUUUCAGGAGCUGCCCGCAGGACCAAUGCCACCCCCUACCCCAAAGUUUGCAUAUGGAUAUGUAUCCGUACCCCAGCGUGUGGCCUUGCUGGAUGUUCUUGCCAUUCUCUCGCCUUCCUUGCCAUUCUAUUCCUCCUAUCCUAUCACCUUUGAAGCUCUGAAGCAGGCCCAUGGCUUCAUGCUCUACCGGACCCUUCUACCGCAGGAAAUCGUGGAGUCUGCCUUGCUCAGUGCCUCUAGGAAUGGGGUCCAUGAUCUUGCCUACGUUCUGCUCAAUGGAGAGUACCAGGGGACACUGGAAAGAGACAGAGUGAAUGGGAUCAAUAUAUCGGGCCAGCUUGGGGACACAUUGGACUUGGUGGUGGAGAGCAUGGGUCGCAUCAACUUUGGGGCCAAUGACAGUGACUUUAAGGGUCUGAUCCACAAUAUCACAUUGGGUACCUCCAUACUCAGUGACUGGAUCAUCUAUCCCCUAGACAUAGACACAGCUGUAGCCCAUGCAUGGCCGCCAACUGCCCAGUCAAGCAGUGGGCACACAGGACCUGCUUUCUAUACAGGAACAUUCACAACACCGGGCAUCAGCGAGGACUCCUACUUGAAGCUCCCAGGUUGGACCAAGGGUCAGGUCUGGAUCAAUGGUUUCAAUCUGGGCCGGUUCUGGCCAGUUCGUGGACCGCAGCAAACUCUCUAUGUGCCUGGUUCAUUCCUCAGUGGCUCAGCCAUCAACACUCUCGUCGUUCUUGAACUGCAGGAAGCCCCAGAUAAUCCCAAAGUGCUUUUUGUUUCCCGUCCCCUUCUCAAUGUUACCUACAACUACACCCACAAAGACAGGAAGUGAGAGGAAUUACUGUCCAGCUACGAAGUUGCUGAGAUUUGCACGUGUUACUCCAAGGGGAAGACUGAAACCAUCACAAUGUAGGAGGCAAAUGAAUAGAGGGCACUGUCAGAUGAAGGUUCUGUGCUUUUAAAGAGUAACCCAGGUAAAAAAACAAAACUAGAAACAGAUUGUAAGUAUUCAAAACCGUUCAGCAGAGUAGCCUUCACAGCUGCUGCUGUAUAGGGCACAUUACCAUGGACAGACUCUUGGUGCCUUAAUAUGGUGUUUUAGGUACUGGACCUUGGAUUAAAUAUUCAUACACCUAC